GACAAGGCUGUGGAAGUGGCAUGGCGGCACUGAGUGGCAUAACAGUGGACUGCAUCAGCAAUCAACUUCUUGAACCCACGACGCGAUUGAACAGGCUCAGAACUCGCCAUUGCUGUCGUUCACAGUCAACUAUGCUAGUCUUGGAGGCAGCUCAUCGAACAUGUCAGGACCAAAGGCAGCGCUGAAAGCUAUUGCUGGAGCUGUAAAAGCACAAAAAUAUGAUGAUGCGGCGAGUGAAGCUCAGAAGCUGCUUGCAUCCGACCCAAAGAACUACCAGGCGUAUGUCUAUUUACACUACCAAAUUUAAAUACAGAAUAUGGCCCGGAUUUGCCCUCGCAGAACAGCCCUGCUAACCUCCUUGCAGGUCCAUUUUCUUGGGAUUUGCUUAUGGCAAACUAAACAAACUCGCAGAUGCAGAGAAAGCCUAUGAUGUGGCCUCCCAGAUCAAGGAAACCGAACCACAGGCCUGGCAGGGGCUUAUACAACUAUAUGAGAAGGGUGGCGGAGAGAAGAUAACAGCAUACCAAAAGGCAGCGUUGAGACUGGCCGAAAUAUAUCGUGAUGCGGACGACAAGUAUAAGUGUCAAGAUGUGGUGGACAAGUUUCUUGCCUUUGCGAAAAUUCAAGGCACACGACUGCAGCAGAAGAAAGCACAAGAAAUAGUCCUGCCCACAAGCCCAAUAUAUGAUUAUCUCGAAGGUAGAGUUCCUCACCCGGCCCACACAUACCAAAUAAUGGCCCAGAUCACCGAGUUUGAGGAGAAAGAACGUAUAAACAAGGAGAUCGGUGAGCGAAGAACCAGACUUGGUGCGAAAAUUGGACAAGUCACCACUAAAGUCAAGCGAGAAGUGCUCAGAGAUAGCGACUUAGAAGAAUUGUAUGGCCAGGUCAUCGACUGGAGUAAUGACGAUGAGAUAAGACGACAGUACGAAGAAAAGCUUGUCCAGAGAUGUGUCGAGGCAUUAAGUGUUCUUCCUUCUGGUCCAGACAAGAUCGAGAAACGUAAGAAGGCAAUGAAGCUAGCAAAUGAUAUGGUCAUCAUUAAGCACCCUUUCAAAAUGGCUUGGGAUAUCGCAAUCGAGUGGAAAGACGCAGAGAACAUUCGAGACCUGGACGUCAAUGUCUUGCGUGAAUACUAUACGUUCUUCCCAACUGCGGGACUUGGGCAAGUCUUGCGAGGCUUUAUGAGCAGCGAGAUCUCACCAUUUGCUCCGCCACCGCCAGUGCAGAAGAUGGAAACCGCUGAGUCCGAUGAAAGUGAAGACGACGAUGACGAUGGUGGAGGUGUUGCAUUGGAUGGAUUUCUGACUGGCGAGGAUCGCCUACUGUUGAUGACUGAUGGAAUUUCGGAUGCGGGAAAAUCAAUCCUCGCGCAUAGACUCAUGGGAGAAUACUACCAAUUCUUGGAAGAAUACGAAAGUGUUGUUGAGCUCAUGCGAAAUGGCCGACGACUGAUUACCGAAGAGUCUAACAGGACAGGACUUAAGUUCGAUCACUCGUCAGAUGCUAUUACUGCUCUUUUGGGCACGGCUCUAGUCUUCUAUCAGUCUCCUAAGAACCAUCCAGAGGCGAAAAGUUUGUUCGACGGACUUCUAGAGCGAAAUCCGACGUCGACUCCAGCUUUGAUUGGUGUAGGUCUCAUCUACGAGGAAGAGGAAGACUAUCCAGCAGCAAUUGACUUUCUGGGACGAGCGCUUGAACGGGAUCCUAGAAAUAUUCGCGUCAAGACUGAAGCUGCCUGGGUCAAAGCUCUCAAUGGCGAUUAUGAGGCGGGUAGAGACGAGUUGGAGGCCUGUCUUGCACAGAUAAACGGGAAAGACCCUCGCAAUCGAGAGUUACUUGCUCAGACACAAUAUCGAAUUGGCAUGUGUAUCUGGAACACCGACAGCACGAAAGCAGCGCGGAAGGAUAGGAAUGGUGCUUAUUCAUAUUUCUUAUCUGCUCUUAAAAGCAAUCUAAACUUCGCGCCAGCGUACACCAGCCUAGGUAUCUUUUAUGCGGAUUACCUCAGAGACAAGAAGAGGGCUCGGAAGUGUUUCCAGAAAGCAUUUGAACUCUCACCGUCAGAAGUCGAAGCUGCCGAGCGACUCGCUAAGAUUUUUGCUGAACAGAGAGAAUGGGAACUUGUCGAAGUUGUGGCACAACGCGUGGUAGAUUCUGGGAGGGUUCAGCCAUCACCUGGUUCAAAAAAGAAGGGCAUCAGUUGGCCUUUCGCUGCACUGGGAGUCGCAGAGCUAAAUAAACAAGACUAUGCAAAGAGUAUUGUCUCGUUCCAGUCGGCUCUCAGAAUUACACCUACUGAUUAUCAUUCCUGGGUUGGCCUUGGGGAGAGCUACCACAACUCGGGUAGAUACAUCGCUGCUACGAAGGCCUUCCAGCAUGCCGAGCAAUUUGAGCACGAGGUCGAGCAACAGAAAUCUGGAGAGACUUGGUUCGCCAAACAUAUGCUUGCGAAUGUUAAACGCGAACUAGGCGACUACGAUGAUGCCAUUGAAGGGUAUAAGGCGGUACUCCAAGACAGGCCCCCCGAAUUUGGAGUUUCCAUUGCCUUGAUUCAAGCGCUGGUGGAGAGUGCAUGGGAUGGUAUCGAGAAAGGCCUAUUCGGUUAUGCAGCUGAGAGAGCAUCUCAGACGAUUCAUGCAGCUCUUGCAUUGGCACCCAGCAGACCUGAUGCUUUCAAUCUUUGGAGGGCCGUUGGGGAUGCUUGCUCGGUGUUCUCAUGGAUUCAGAGCCGCAUUUCCGAUUUUCCGCACGCCAAAAUAAAGGAACUCCUACAGUUGGGUGAUGAAAAGGAUGCAUAUGCACUGUUUGCAGAUAUCGAUGGAGUCGGAGUCGAUGUUGUCUUCGCCGACGGUUUGUAUUCUGCUGACGAGGCCGAUGGGCUUAACUUGACGCGCUGUUUACAUGCUUCUGUGCUUGCUCAGAAGCGGGCUAUCCAUGCAUCAGCCCACGAUAUUCACGCUCAAGCUGUCGCAUACUAUAACCUGGGCUGGGCAGAACACCGGGCUCACGUCUGUUUGUGUGCAGGCAUGAAGAAGCGCAGUACGAGAUAUCUGAAGGCAGCUGUUAGGUGUUUCAAAAGAUCUAUUGAACUUGAAGCUGGCAAUGCCGAAUUUUGGAACGCUCUUGGUGUUGUGACCAGCGAGCUGAACCCCAAGGUUGCCCAACAUUCGUUUGUUCGGAGUUUGUUCCUCAACGAGAGAAGCUCUCAAGCAUGGACGAACUUGGGUACCCUGUACCUUUUGCAAAGCGACUACAUGCUGGCCAAUGAGGCUUUCACUCGUGCUCAAUCCAGCGAUCCAGAUUUCGCGCAUGCCUGGAUCGGCCAAGGUCUACUAGCAUUGUUGAUGACAGGCGAUACCAAGGAAGCAAACCUUCUUUUUACCCACGCCAUGGAGAUUUCUGAAUCAUCCUCACUUAUUACGAAGAAGCAAUACUCGCAGUCGACUUUCGAUCAGUUACUAGCAUCAAAAUCACCCGCGAGUGUCACUGAUCUCGUGCAACCACUGUUUGCGCUCAAGCAACUUCAGUCUAUGGAUUCUAGCGAUAUCAUGUACCAGCACCUGUCGAGUCUGUUCCUAGAGCGUAUCGAUAACGUUCCAGCAGCGCUGGAAACCCUCUCCAAGAUUUGUGCCACUGUCGAAGCAGACUAUGAAGUGACCGAGUCUCCGGCAUCUCUUUCUCGGUUCGCACUUGCGAAAGCAGACCUAGCUCGAUCCCAACUAUCCGCGGGACUAUACGACGAAGCCAUCGAGAACGGUGAAACGGCCUUGCAGCUCAGCGUAGAAGAUACAGGCCACGAACUGACAGCUGAGUCUCGCCAGAGGUGUAGAUUAUCUGCACAUCUCACAGUCGGUCUCGCGCAAUACUAUUCCGAAGAUCACGAAGCUGCUCUACAGUACUUCAUUCCUGCCCUCGAAGAGUCAAACGAUAAUCCAGACGCCGUUUGCCUCCUUGCACAGGUCCUCUGGGCCAAAGGCGAUGAAGAUUCCCGCGAGAAAGCCCGUGACCACCUCUUCAGCUGCGUCGAGAAGGACCCCGAACACGUUCAAUCCGUCCUCUUACUCGGUAUCAUCGCCCUCCUCGAUAAUGACAGCGACAGUCUGGAAGCCGUGACAGCCACUCUCCAAGAUCUGCGCACCACGUACACUAUCAGCGACCUCGAACAAGCACGAGUCAGCGAGGUCCUCCGGGCCAUUGCUGCUUUGUCUGGCGAGGACCCGGAUCGACAGGUUCUGGCUGAGAUCCAGACUGAUAUCUUCCUCCACCCGAACCAACCACAUGGCUGGAAUCGGAUGGCGGAGGUGGAGGCUGAUGAUUAUACAGCCGAGAUGGCUGUCAAGACUGCUCUGAAAGCUAUCCCACCAAGCGGCGAACUCGAUGCGGAGGAUUUGGCGAAGGCGUUUGCUGGCACAGGAAAGAUAGCCGGAGCUCAGCAAGCUGCUAUGAUUUCGCCUUGGAGCGGGUAUGGAUGGGACGCUUUAGGGGAGGCUUUGUCUGGGAAACACUGAUGAUUUACAUGAAUUAUGAUGUCGAUGUUUAUCUAGAAGGAUAGAUGCCUGAUGUCAAAAAGAAGACAAGUAACGAAAUGAAAAAUAGACAGUAUUCAGAUCUCUUUGAAUCUGGAGUCUUGUUCAUAAAACUCCGUUCACUUCUCUCAAUAUGAGACUCAAGUGACCGGCAACCUUAGAACGUCGCCACGUGCACUUCCUGAAGAGAAUCAAGUCGUGAUGAAAGUCACCAUACAUUGCAGCCAGUGACGCGGGG